CAGAAAUUAAAACACGUCGUUAAUCGAGCUCAUUCGCAAAGUAACAUUAGACACAUAAAGACGAGGCGUUACAACCAUGCUCAAUAUAUUCGAUAUUCCCCCGCCUGAUCCUCAGCAGUUGCCGUUGUCGAAUUCACCGUGGCCCAUAUUUCUGAUACUCACCAGCUAUUUAUUAUUUGUGCUCAAGUAUGGCAAAAGAUUUAUGGCAAAUCGCAAAGCCUACAAUCUACAAAAGGUAUUAUAUGUAUAUAAUCUUGGCCAGGUGGCCUAUAAUGGAAUAUUUUUUGGCGUGGUGUUCUAUUACCUCGUCAUCGUGGGCAUUUGCAAUUUUCGCUGCAUGGAGAAUUUCCCCUUUGGACACAAGCAUAAAAAUCUAGAGCGUUAUGUGCACUUUGCAUAUUUCAUCAACAAAAUUCUUGACCUACUGGACACCGUGUUCUUUGUGCUCCGUAAAAAGUACAGACAGAUAAGUUUUCUACACGUGUAUCAUCACAUUAUGAUGGUACUCGGUUGCUAUAUGGUAAUGCGAUUCUAUGGCACAGGCGGACAUUUCAAUGUGCUCGGACUGGUCAACUCCUUUGUGCAUACUGUGAUGUAUUUUUACUACUUUCUAUCCGCCUUAUAUCCUGGCAUCAAUGCCAGCAUCUGGUGGAAGAAGUAUAUAACCGUCACACAGCUGGUGCAGUUCGUUUUGCUCUUCAGCUAUGCUUCGUAUGUUUUCAUCUUCUCGAAAGGAUGCGGCUUUCCUAAGUCUCUGCUCUUGGUGCAGAUCGUUCAGGCCGCGGUCAUGAUGUACUUGUUUGGAAAUUUUUAUAUAAAGACCUACAUAAGACCACAACAGAAGGCGAAAGUGAAGUAGGCCAGGCAUUUAAAUUGCGUUGUUUUAAUUAUGCAAAUAAAUGUAAUUUCUAGUGUUUUACUUAAUUUAAAGUCAAUUUGCAUUUGGGUUGGAGUACGCAAUCGAUUCUGUACAUUCUAGUCGAGCGGAGGCAGUCUUUAAACUCGCUUCACAUUCGUGUCGAGCAGACAAGACGAGUUAAGCACUGAGCACGGAAAAACAGCUGUAGGCAAUCUGCCAUGCAGACAAAGUGUGUGUGUGUUCUGCAUUUGAUAAGCAGGAUACCGAGUAACAUUGUGCAACGAGCGAGUGCACAUAACAAGCUGACAGCAUCUCCAUCUCUAUCCCACAAUCCCCAACUGUAUUCAACUGCGAGUAAAGAGAGUGAUAAGAAAGCCAGGAGCGUAAUAACUGCAGCUAAAAUCCAUUGUUGUGUUCUGCUUUCAAAUCCAACUCGAGUCAAAGUUAAGCCGGAAAUUUGGAGUACGUUCAUUUUACCGCCUCGCCUUGCCUUGCCUCGCCAGGACUCGACAGCUGCAACAAUUGCAUUUGAUGCUAGAGAAACAAUUGCUGCAAAUAUGGCAAAUGGCAAUUGAAAAACAAAAGCUGAAAUGCGAAAUCCUUUUUCUUGUACUUUCACACUUUAUGCGCUUAACAAAGACACCAAAAGCAAACGCGUUGACAGCAUAGCAAAAGGCGACAACAUUUCCAAUAAAGGAAAGAGAACUGAGAGGUGUUUGCAGAUGGUGAAGGAGAGGAGAAGCAAAAGGAGAAGCAACCGCAUCGAGGUCAUGAACGUGUAUGUUAUAAGCUUAUUCGACUUGGUCAUUGGGUUGUGAAUUGCACAUCGAGAGGUAUAUAUAUAUACUAUAUAUGUGUUUGUGGUUUUUAUCUUUUGUGAGACAAAGUCAAAUGGAAAUCUACAUACAAGUAUAUGUAGAAAAAACCCUUCAAGUUGCAUUGAUACGCGAACCGAAAACUCAAAAGAAAGAUGCGAACCCAUUGAAAAGUUUCCUUUCAAUUUCACAAGCAAAAUACAUCAAAAGCUCUUUGCCACUUUUUUUGCAUUUAAUCGGAUUGUCGUAUUUAAAGCGCAAAACGAAAAUAAAUGUAUGCAUAGU